UGAAGCACUCUCUAAACAAAAACUUCACUAAAAACACCUCCAUCAUCAGCUCAGUUCCCUCACUUUGAGGUUUGAGUGGAGAGUGGAGACUCCACUACGGUCGAGUACACAUGCAUUAUCUUCUUUUUUUCUUUUGUCACUAUUCAACCAAUAAUAUCAUCUAGACGUGUCCAGUUUAAAGUUUAAACAACAAAAAAAAAAAGAGUUACAAUAAUUCACACUUACGAUGCUUUACAAAUUCAUGGAGAACUUUUCAUCCGCCCUGCUUUAGUUGGUACACCACUAGCAGUAUUAAAAUACGAGAUAUUGUUUAAGUUACUAUAAGACUAGUGAUAGAAAUUAUAUAAUUACCACACUUUGAUUUUCUUAAACCGUUUCAUAUGGUUGGCCACAAAAGUUUUAAUAAUGGCAGACGAAGUGAUCCUUAUGAGUUUCUGGCCGAGCAUGUUCGGAAUGAGGACGAUGAUCGCGUUAGAGGAGAAAGGAGUGAAGUACGAGUAUAGAGAAGAAGAGGAUGCGAUCAGGAACAAGAGUCCCUUGCUUCUAGAGAUGAAUCCGAUUUACAAAAAGAUCCCGGUACUCAUCCACAAUGGUAAACCGGUUUGUGAAUCCAUCAUCCAAAUCCAAUACAUAGACGAAGUCUGGUCCGACAAGAACCCAUUCCUUCCUACUGAUCCUUACCAAAGAUCUCAAGCCUUCUUUUGGGCUGAUUUCAUCGAAAAGAAGUUGUUCCUUUGUGGGAGGAAGACUUGGGCAACGAAAGGUGAGGAGCUAGAAGCAGCGAAGAAGGAGCUUAUUGAAAUACUCAAGACUCUUCAAUCUGAGCUAGGAGAUAAACCUUACUUUGGCGGCGAUACAUUCGGGUUUGUAGACAUUGUGUUGAUUGGGUUCUAUAGUUGGUUUCCAGCAUACCAGAAGUUUGGUAACUUCAGCAUUGAACCAGAGUGUUCGAAACUGAUGACUUGGGGAAAGAGGUGUAUGCAAAGAGACAGUGUGGCUAAGACUUUGCCUGAUUCUGAGAGAGUUUUUGGUUACGUUUUACAUCUUAAGAAGGUAUAUGGGAUCGAGUAAGAGAAGAUCUCUUUGUUUAGCUAUAUAAGUUGUGUUGUGUUUAUCUGGAGGUUUUCAUGUUCCUAAUAAUGACAUUAUGUUGUCAAAUUGAUGCUGGAGAGCACUUAAGAUGCCAUUUGAGCUCUUGAAAUGAUCAUUAGUCGGGUGAAUGCUUUGUUCUUGCUUCUUGUAGCUGGAUACUAAAAUGCGGAAUCAGAUUUUUACAGUUUUGAGUA